AUGGAAAAUUUCAACAACAGUUGGGGUGAUGCCUUCCUUCUGGUGGGCUUCUCAGAUUGGCCUCACCUAGAGCUCAUCCUUUUCAUCUCUAUUUCAAUUUCCUACUCCCUGACUCUCUUUGGCAACACCGCCAUCAUUGCCCUCUCCCGACUGGACCUUCGGCUGCGCACACCCAUGUACUUCUUCCUCUCCCACCUCUCCUUCCUGGACCUCUGCUACACCACCAGCACUGUGCCCCAGCUUCUCAUCAACCUCCAUGGAUUUGACAGGACCAUCACCUUUGCACGGUGUGUGGCCCAACUCUACAUUUUCCUUUCUCUGGUCUCCACAGAGUGUGUGCUCCUGGCGGCCAUGGCCUUUGACCGCUACGCUGCCGUGUGCCGUCCACUCCACUACACGACCAUCAUGCACCCCGUUCUCUGCCAAUCACUAGCUAUUGCUUCCUGGGUGGUAGGCCUUGUGAAUUCUAUGAUUCAGACCAGCCUCGCAAUGGCCAUGCCUAUCUGUGGCCAUCAACUGAAUCACUACUUCUGUGAGAUGCCUAUGUUCCUGAAGUUGGCUUGUGAGGACACAGGAGGGACAGAGGCCAAGAUGUUUGUGGCUAGGACCAUCAUCUUGGUCUUUCCUGCAGCUCUGAUCCUAGGCUCCUAUGCACAGAUUGCCAGGGUUGUGUUGAAAAUCAAGUCAGUGGCUGGGCGCAGAAAGGCCUUUGGAACUUGUGGGUCCCACCUUGUGGUGGUUUCUCUGUUUUAUGGCUCAGGUAUUUACACCUACCUCCAACCCAUCCACAAGUAUUCUGAAAACAAGGGGAAGUUUGUUGCCCUUUUUUAUACUAUAAUCACCCCUAUGCUCAAUCCUCUGAUUUAUACCCUGAGGAACAAGGAUGUGAAAGGGGCUCUGUGGAAGGUAUUGGGGAGAGACAGAGACUCCGGAUAA